UCGAGCGAACAAUCUCAAGAUCCUGAACAAGUUGAAGAAGCUUUAGGCAUUUUAAAAGAUGACAAGGAAUUUGAAGAAUUUGAAAAAGAAACUUGGACAACAUCAGAAGAAGAGAUUUCCGAUCUACAUGUUUGGGACGAUAAAUGGGAUUGUGAAGUUGAAGUAGACGAUCAAUUCACUGAAUAUUUAAGGGAAGAAUUGAGCAAACUUGGCCACCUACGUGAAACAUAACAUAAUUCAAUUCAAUUCAGUUUCAAACACAACAAAUAAAUAGUCAUCAUCACAAUGAUUGUAUUUUAAAUAAAAACUAUCUGUAUUAAAUAAUACAUUCACUUUUUUUCAUGGUACAAGUUUUUG